AUGAUUUUGUCUUCCAGAAUGAUUGAAGAUUGUGGGAAAAGAGGAAAUACCAUGGCAGAAAGAAGGCAGCUGUUUGCAGAGAUGCGGGCUCAAGAUCUGGAUCGCAUUCGUUUAUCCACCUACCGAACAGCAUGCAAGCUUAGAUUUGUUCAGAAGAAAUGCAACUUGCACUUGGUGGACAUCUGGAAUGUGAUAGAAGCCUUGCGGGAAAACGCACUGAACAACCUGGACCCCAACAUUGAGCUGAACGUGGCUCGCCUGGAAGCUGUGAUUUCGACCAUCUUCUACCAGCUCAACAAACGGAUGCCGACGACCCACCAGAUCAACGUGGAGCAAUCCAUCAGCUUGCUGCUCAACUUCUUGCUAGCAGCCUUUGAUCCGGAAGGACAUGGUAAAAUUUCCGUUUUUGCUGUCAAAAUGGCCUUGGCAACUCUUUGUGGAGGAAAGAUCAUGGACAAAUUAAGAUAUAUUUUCUCAAUGAUUUCCGACUCCAGUGGAGUGAUGGUUUAUGGCAGAUACGACAUGUUUCUGCGGGAGGUUCUCAAGCUGCCCACGGCUGUUUUCGAAGGGCCGUCAUUUGGUUAUACUGAGCAAUCAGCAAAAUCCUGUUUCUCGCAGCAGAAAAAAGUCACAUUAAACACUUUCUUGGACACUCUCAUGUCUGAUCCCCCGCCACAGUGUCUAGUGUGGUUACCACUUCUGCAUCGACUAGCAAAUGUUGAAAAUGUCUUCCACCCCGUUGAGUGUUCCUACUGCCACAGCGAGAGCAUGAUGGGGUUUCGCUACCGCUGCCAGCAGUGUCACAAUUACCAGCUCUGUCAGGACUGCUUCUGGAGGGGCCAUGCCAGCGGUUCCCACAGCAACCAGCACCAAAUGAAAGAGUACACGUCAUGGAAAUCACCUGCUAAGAAGCUAACUAAUGCACUUAGCAAGUCUUUAAGCUGUGCUUCCAGCCGUGAACCUUUGCACCCAAUGUUCCCUGACCAGCCUGAAAAACCUCUAAACCUGGCUCAUAUUGUAGAUACUUGGCCCCCCCGACCUGUAACCAGCAUGAACGACACACUCUUCUCCCACUCUGUUCCCUCAGGAAGUCCUUUUGCAAACAGAAGAAAAAUCACCCUACAAACUGUCAAGUUACUUGGGGGUAUAAAUGCAGCCAGUCCUGUGGCUGAUGAGCAUUCUCUUAUAAAGCUGUAUGUAAAUCAGCUUCACAACAACUCACGCUCUCCUUCCAAGAAUACUGAAGUAGAGCAGAGCAAACUGCUGGCUAGGGCUGUUCCAGCUUUCUUGAAAGGCAAAGGGUUACAGUACAGCCUCGAUGUUGCAGACAGGCUGGCCGAUGAACAUGUACUCAUCGGGUUGUAUGUCAACAUGCUGCAGAGCAACCCCGCACGCGUGCUCGACAGCGCAAGUCGCCUGGAUGAAGAACAUAAGCUGAUCGCCAGGUAUGCAGCAAGGCUGGCAGCAGAAACUUCUUCAUCACAACAGGGUCAGCAGAGAGGGGCAUCAGAUAUCUCCUUCACCAUUGAUGCAAACAAGCAACAAAGGCAGCUGAUUGCAGAGCUUGAAAAUAAAAACCGAGAAAUCCUACAGGAGAUCCAGAGGCUGCGACUUGAACAUGAGCAAGCAUCUCAGCCCACACCAGAGAAGGCACAACAAAAUCCCACCCUCCUUGCAGAGCUCCGGCUCCUGAGACAGCGGAAGGAUGAGCUGGAACAGAGGAUGUCUGCUCUUCAGGAAAGCCGGAGGGAGCUUAUGGUUCAGUUAGAAGGCCUCAUGAAACUGCUGAAGGAAGAAGAAUUGAAACAGACCCAAGGGGCAGGCUCCCCACGUUCCUCACCCAGCCACACUAUCAGUCGACCGAUUCCAAUGCCCAUCAGGUCUGCCUCUGCCUGCUCCACCCCAACCCACGCACCUCAGGACUCUCUGACCGGGGUGGGAGGAGAUGUGCAGGAAGCCUUUGCACAAA